GACAAAUUUCAAACUGGACGGCGGGUAGUUGAAGCCGACCGAGAAAAAACAGACAACAAAGGUUCAUUGUUAAGAAUUUAACCAAAAGGGAUUAAAAAUGACAAGUACUCUAAAAGGAAUCACUCUCAAGGGAAGCGCGGAGCUCGUGGCCGAGUUUUUCUCCUUUGGCAUCAACAGCAUCCUGUACCAGCGGGGGAUCUAUCCUCCGGAAACCUUCACCAGAGUCACCCAUUAUGACAUGAGCCUGCAACUCACCACUGAUCCCAAGCUGAAGAACUACCUGACCAAUGUGGUGUCUCAGCUCAAAGAGUGGCUGUUUGAGUGCACAGUGCAGAAGCUGGUGCUGGUGAUCACGUGUCUGGAAACCAACGAGGUGCUGGAGAGAUGGCAGUUUGACAUCGAGUGCGACAAGUCAGCUAAGGAGAGCAGUGCUCCCAGAGAGAAGUCCAUCAAGACCAUCCAGGAUGAGAUCCGCUCUGUGAUCAGACAGGUGACGGCCACAGUGACUUUCUUGCCGCUGUUGGAGACACCAUGUGCCUUUGACCUCCUCGUCUACACAGACAAAGACCUGGAGAUCCCAGAAAAGUGGGAAGAGUCCGGGCCGCAGAUUAUCGACCAAUCGGAGGAGGUGCGUUUACGCUCCUUCACCACCUCCAUCCACAAGGUGAACAGCAUGGUGGCGUACAAGAGGACCGACUCGGUUUAAACCAGCAAACCCCUGAGCUGUACAUAGCACCAGCCACUGACCCCUUCUAGAAACCAGUAGAUUUUACACCAAGGGCCCAUUUCCUUUCCUUUGUGUUAUUUGUCUGUCUGAGAAGGAGACAGUCUGCUCUGUCCACACUGAUGUAAAUAUUUCUCAUAAGCAGCAUUUAUCUAUUCUUUUCUUUAUUCGCUCCACUUUCUCUCUAGUUGUCAACCUGUCUUAGAAGAUAGUGGUUUAUAUGUUCAACUUUUUAAAAGAAAAAUGUCAUAAAUAAAUAUCUUUUGCUUUUUCCCUUAA